GCAACGAUAGUCUAGGGACGAAGUCCGGUGCGAUGACGGUCUUAUAGAGUGGCGGACACUAUCUUAUCUUCCCCAGAUUACAGUGUGGAGAGUGCGGAGAGUAGCAGACACUGAAAACACCGAGAAUUUGAAGUUGAAGAAAAUCAAGGACCUUCCCAGAAAAGUAAACGGCCAUGCACGCCUGGGCCUUCACAGCUGUACCACAUUCGGUUAGCGGAGUGAGCUCGGAGGUCGGAGAGGAACCUGCACGGGCAAAUUUGCGGGGUGCAUUUCCUGGUCGGCGUGGGCCGGCUUCAAACAGCGGUUCUGGCGCUGCUUCUCGACGUUGGCCAAGCAGUGAUGGUGGCGAUUUUCCCCAACGAUAUCCUUUGCUAGUCUGCUUCCCGGGUUCCUCUACGCCGCGAUCAGCCGCAGUCGACAUGGUUCCGGUCGGCUUUAACGCUUGGCCCACGACUCUUAUCCAUCGUUUCGCUCUGUGGCGGCCGUUCGCAUUCGGCCCUAAAUGCGGAAUAUUCAAUAAUGUUCAACACUUCCUUCUCUCAUCGCACUGUUGAGAACGAACCUUGGAAGUGGUUUGGACGUCUGGACAAGCUCUUUUGGCGGCUUGGAGCGUCUGAGACUACUCUGAAAGUGGAUUAGCUUGCCUUAACAUCGAUCACGUGAUGAUGACUGUCAAGACCGCCAGUAUGAAUUGGAAGUCAACGACAACCUGGAUAUGAAU